AUGGAAGAGUUGAGAGAACGUGCGGCAGACGAGAUAAGGGUAGAAGAGAUGAAGCUCUCUUAUAAGAGGGAAAACCAAGAGCUGAGGGGGGAAAGGGCGGACGGUGGGAAACCCGGUGGUUCGGCUGGGAAGCCGUCCGGCCCAAAACAUAAGGAGCAGAAAAGGGAGCCCCGCUUCCAACAGUAUACCCCCCUGAAUGCCCCGAGGGAAAAGAUCCUCCGAGAGGCGUUAAGCGCAGAUUUGAUCCCCGAAACAGCGAAGCGCUCAACCCCGAAGGCUGCGGACGGGAGUAAACACUGCGCCUAUCACAAGAAUAUGGGUCACACCACCGAAGAGUGUGAGACUCUUAAGGACAAGAUAGAGGAACUAAUCCGAGCGGGAAAGCUCAAAAAGUACGUGCGAGACGAGCGUUCUCAACAACCUACAGAGCGGCCCGUUCAGCGGUCGGCUUACCGCCCGGAAGGUCCAAGAAACAGUAGGGCCGAACGACCUCGCUCGGAGCGGCGACCCAGCCGAAGUCGCAACCGAAGUCACGAGCGUCCCUUGCGGGGACACAUCAACACCAUCUCCGGAGGUUUUGCCGGAGGGGGAUCGUCGUCGUCUGCUCGAAAGCGCCAUGUACGGGCUCUGCAAUCUGUGCACUUGGUUGAUAAGCCACGACGCACAAUGCCGCCCAUCACGUUCUCGGACGAAGACUUCCAUGCUCCCGAUCCGGACCAGGACGACCCAAUGGUGAUAACGGCCGAGAUCGCCCGCUACGGCGUUAGCAAGGUCUUAGUAUAUCAGGGGAGUUCAGUAAACACCCUCUACUGGAAAACCUUCCAGCAGAUGGAUAUUUCGGAAGAUCUUAUCGUCCCUUUCAACGACCAAAUUGUAGGCUUCGCGGGGGAGAGGGUUGACACCCGUGGUUAUGUGGAGUUGAGAACGAGACUGGGAACCGGGCGAUCCAGCGAGGAAAAGAGAGUCCGGUAUCUGCUGGUCGAAGCUAACACCUCGUACAAUGUGCUGCUCGGGCGGCCCUGUCUAAACGUAUUCGGGGCGAUUGUGUCCACACCGCACCUCACGAUGAAGUACCCCUCCGAAACGGGAACCAUAUGCACGGUCCGGGCGGAUCAGAAGACGGCCCGGGAAUGCUACGCCGCCGGUCUAAAGCUAUACACUCACCAAGGGAAGAGGAGGGCGACCGGCUCCGAAGUCGCCAUGGCCGACCUCGACCCAAGAACGAACACGGAAGACCGGCUGGAGCCUAUAGGAGAAACCCAGCCGAUCCUAAUUGGGAAGGAGCCCGCCCAAACGACUACCAUGGCGAGAGGAUUAGAGUAA